AUGGUCAGCCUUACUGUCCACCACCAGCCCAUACAAUUUGAAGUUGAUUCGAUAGCAGCAUGCACGCUCAUCAGCGAGGAUACGUACCGCAACGCAUGGCCACGGAACGCACCAGCACUUUUCGAUGAGGACACAUACCUGAGAACGUGGUCAGGACAAUACCUGCCACUUCUAGGUAGUGCCAACGUAGAAGUUGCGUACAACGGCACUAUUGCAAAGCUGCCUCUCGUGAUUGUGAAGGGCACUGAAUCCAGCCUCUUGGGCAGAAACUGGUUCGACGCGCUCAAGAUCGCAAUCUGUGGCAUCAACCAGGCACCAGAGGAACGCCCGAUCGAGCGACAAAAGCUGGUCCAGCGGCUGCAGAAGAAGUACCAGACAGUCUUCUCUGGAGAAAUUCCUGGACAUAACGAGCCACCGGUUGACCUCGAGCUUCACCCGGACGCCAGUCCGAAGUUUCUGAAGGCCAGACCUAUACCGUUAUCCCUGCAACCUGCUUACGAGAGGGAGCUCAACAAACUGGAACAACAGGCUAUCAUUGAACCCACCCAACACUCAGACUGGGCCACACCAAUGGUCGCAGUGAGGAAGAAAAACGGAAGCCUACGUAUUUGCGGGGACUACCGGUUUAGCAUAAACUUGGCGACAAAAUCGUCCUCGUACCCGCUGCCAACACCGCAGGAAGUCUUCAGUACUCUACGUGGAGGAAAGAUUUUCAGCGCGCUGGACCUAACCCAAGCAUACCAGCAGCUGAAGGUGAGCGAGAAAACUUCGGAAGUGCUCACUCUUAACACUACUAAAGGACUGUACAGGGUUAAGCGACUACCAUUUGGAGUAGCGGCAGCUCCAGAAAUUUUCCAAAAGUACAUGGAAUCCCAGAUUCAAGGAAUCCCGGGCGUGUGCGUCUACUUGGACGACAGUAAUCAUCACCGGCACAAGCAGUGA